AUGGGCUCCGAUAAAGGCGUCUCAACACCCGAAAUAAAAGACCCUGACAAACAGAAAACUACUAUGUCACAACCAAAACAGAAACGGCAAGCUACCAAAACCGAAAAGCAAAACUUUUUUGGUCAAAAUGCGGCGCUGAGCAAACACGCGAGCCAGCAGCACCAACAAGAUGGCGGAGAGGAAACUCACGACGGCAACCUCUCCACCGACCCGGCUGACCAGGCUAUGGAGGAGCCG